UAAUUCCUCUUCAGCCGCUUCACCGACGUCCAACAUGUCUAAGGAAGGAUGGCAAACGAGUACCAUGAGUCCAGUGGAUGUCAAGCACAUUGAGGCGCAGAGAGAAAUAAUAUUUAAUAAAGGUUUCAUCUACACAACUAUCGGCAUUGCUUCCGGACUAAUAAUUAUCAUCUUUAUCAUUGGAGUGGUCUUUCUUUGCAGAAGAAAUAAUAGGAGAGAACAGAAUUUGGCCCAGCAAAGCUGUACCGUAACCUACGAAACUAUUGACAGCGGAGCUGCAUACACAGCCCUGAAAAUCGGUUCAUCUGGAACACCUAUCAUCGGUUCUGAAGACUUAACGCUUUUUGCAAGACUCAGUUCGAUUGGUCGAGGUGACUUUGGAGAGGUAUGGAAGGGAGGUCUCAAUGUUAGUCACUUCCAUAAAGAUGUUGCUGUCAGGUUGGUUUCAGAUCAAGUGGCCAAAUCGGGUGACUUUCUUCAAGCUAUCCGGGUACUCUAUGAGCUGUCGGAUCAACUAAAUGUUGUAAAAUGCCUAGGAUAUUGUCCAGAAAAAGGAAGCAUUCUGUACGAGUUUGUUUCUGGUGGUACACUACUCACCUAUCUGCAAGCCAAACGGGGACAUUCUCAGCCAACGUACAAAAAUCUAAAACCAAAGAGUGAACGUCUCAAUGAUGAUGAUGAAGGUAGGCUAUUGAACAUGGCCUGGCAGGUUGCAAAGGGGAUGGAGUUUCUCGUGUCCAAAAAGAUCACCCAUGGAGCUCUCUGUGCUCACAAUGUGCUACUGGCAGAUGAAAAGCUGUGCAAGAUAUCGGAUUAUGGACUAUCUACAUCGCUAUUUAGGGACAAAGUUAAACUAACAAGAUGGAGUUGCCCUGAAACCAUGGCAACGGGUGGACAAUCGACUGAAGGAGACAUUUGGUCUUUUGGAAUCGUCUUGUGGGAAAUUGUAACAUUAGGAUCCAGACCUUAUCCUAAAAUGACAUUUGACAUGGUCCAGAUGAAAGUUAUCGAUGGUUACCAGAUGCCACGCCCUCAUCACUGUGGACAAGAAGUGUAUGCAGUAAUGGCUGGUUGUUGGGAGAAAGAAGCUGGAAAGCGAAGUAGUUUUGAUCUGAUCCUGAAGAGUCUGGAAACGAUUCUGGAAAAGGCCCACAAUUACAUGUCACUCAGUAAAAUUGAUGACGGAUUGUACGAGUCUACGCUGGAUAUGUAAAUGAAGUCCUGACCGAAUCGCGGGCGGGCAAUUUAUGUUAUGCACUUCGUAAUUUUACCAUCUCCUUAUUGCGCCAAACAAAAUAUUUUGAUGAAUAUUCAAUGCAUUAGUGACUUCGACCACAAACAUACAAAAUCGACCAGAAACAUACCAAACUCAACCAGAACUCUGAUAUGUCUGAAGUCAUCAUUUUAAUAAUGAACAAUAUUAAUCAAUAUUUUAAUUCAACUGCACUGUGGCUAUUUUCAGAAUCGUAAAAUAUCAUAACUUAAUUCAAAAUCAUAUUUGAUAAGACUGCCAUAGUGUUAGUAUAGUCAGACUAAUUUGCUGUUCAUCUUUAUAUGAAAGUCAGCUCUUUUAUUGAGGUAUACUAAAUUUACCUUAGAACUGAAUAUAAUUAUAAUCCAUAAUUGAUAAGGGUAAGGUCACGUUGAAAAAGUUUUCAUAUUAUGACAAUGUUUAAAUUUUCUUAAAUUUUUCGUGCUACGAUUUAGGAUCCUAUGAAUUUAUCAAAAGAGAUUCUCUGAUAACGUGUAUCAUGCAUUUUAAUAUUCCAUCAAUUGAAAAAUAAGUGGAGGCUUAUGAACACCCCACUAUUUCUUUUGUAUCAAUAAAAAUACCGUACGAAAUGGAUUUGCUCAAUUUUAAUUUCAAUAUAUUUUUAGAAUUUCAUAAGAACUAAAUUUGAAAUUCUGUUUUGUUGUAUCAGUAUUGUAUGCAGUAUUAUACAAAAAAAUCCCUGAUAAUCCCAAAGAGUGAUUUUGUUCCGGAAAAAAGAACAAUCUAUUGCAUGUUACGUUGUUUGAAACACCUAUGGUUUGUACUCGGACUACUCAUGUAUUAAUUAGAUUAUGCCAUGUAUUUAUAGUUUUUAGGUUCGUAUAUUUUCUUUGUUUCACCAAUUCACUAAUCCACUCUAAUAGUUAUCCCAGUGGCGUAUCAAGGAAGAAGGGGGGGGGGGAUUUAGCAUUUUCCCCGGGCGCCGUUUGUCCUAGAUACGACACUGAGUUACCCAUAGAAUCAAUAUUUGAUUUUGACAUUGAAUCUAGAUCAUGUACAUUGUGUAAGAUUUUGUUUUCCUACUACGAAUGAAGAAUUUCAGCAGCACGUGUAUCUCUAUAUAAUGCAAGCAUAGUGGAAACGUGUGUGUGUGUGUGAGGGUGAUGGGUGUGUGUGUGUGGUUGUGGGUAUAUUCGUACUUGCACGUGGUUGUGAAAUAAGCAUUGUCAAUCUACA